AUGCAGCGCUGGUGUGAACGAACAGUCCAGGUGCUUGAGGAGGAGGUGUUGUCCCCCAGGCUGGAGCAGCAGGUGCCAUGCGCCCAACUGUACCAGUUCAACCUGGAGGGCUGGCGGAUCGACGUGGAGAGAAUGCGGCACGUCCACGGGGGAGACGACGGCAUUGCGCAGUACUACCUGCACAAUGUACCCAACGCCAUGUGCUACAUACACAAACCCCCGGAGAUGCAAUCCACGGUGCACAAUCGGACAGUGCGAGAGUGCUGUGAGGGAUGGAGCGGGCCACGCUGCACUGAAGGUGCUGGGGUGAGGGGUCACUGCUACUCCACGUGGAACUGUCAGGAUUUCCUGGGCGUCCACAACACUUCCCUCAUGCCGAUGGAGGAGUGCUGCAGCAGCGGGUGGGGUCACAGCUGGAGGAACGGCUCGGACCAGUCCUGCUUCUCCUGCUCCUACACCUUCAUCACAGAGCCGCUUUCCUCCUCCUCGUUCCUCCUGAAGCCGCACCUGUCCGCAGGGCUGAUCGGGGCCGUGCGAGACUCCAGAGUCUUCUCCACCUGCCUCACCUGGAGCGGCACGCGCUUCCGCACUUUCGAUGGGCGACACUUCCCUUUCGAGGGUAGCUGCACCUACAACCUGGCCUCCUCGCUGGACGGCACCUGGGCGAUAUACAUCUCCUCCCCUGCCUGUGGAGCCGCGAGGGUCUGCAGCAAGGCUCUGAAGAUGAUGUUUGGUCUGGAGCUGGUGACUGUGCAAGGGAGAAACGUCUCCAUUAAUGGAGUGCUCAUCACAGAAGGGCAGCCACUCUUCAAGAACGGUAUCAGUAUUCGCUGGCUGGGAGAUUUCAUCUUCAUCGAGAGCGGGUUGGGGGUUCGAGUAAAGUAUAAUAGAGACAAUAUCAUCUACGUCACUGUGACCGCAGAGCUGAAGGGCACCACAAGGGGGCUCUGUGGAGUUUACAACGAUAACCCCAAUGAUGAUUUCACUACGAUGGGCGGGGCUGUCUCUCAGUUUGCUGCAAGUUUUGGAAAUUCCUGGCGAGUCCCUGACGUACAAACCGAGAGCUGCAAUGACGCUGCAGAGCUGGGACACAGUUGUGACAUCACCAAUGACCCUGCCCUAAGGGUCAGAGCUGAGUCUGUGUGUAAGAGACUGCUGGCAAGUCCAUUCAGUCAGUGUCACUCCAAGGUGGACCCGGCGGGAUACCUGGACACCUGUCAGUACCUGUACUGCAGCCAGGGGGGCGGCGACAGAGAGAGCGCCACCUGUGACACCUUCGCCAGCUACGCCCGUGAGUGCAUCCAGCAGCACGUCAUCGUCGACUGGAGGAGGAACGGCUUCUGUGAGCGACGCUGUGGCCAGGGGCAGGUAUACUCGGACUGCGUCUCUGCCUGCCCCCCGAGUUGCACUGGCGUGCGGACCCCCGAGGCGGGACACUGCCGGGACGAGUGUGUGAGCGGCUGUGAGUGUCCCCCGGGGUCCUACCUGGAAGAGGGGGCCUGCGUCAGCGAGGAGGACUGUCCCUGCUACCACCGGCGGAGCAAAUACAACCCUGGAGACACCAUCCGCCAGAAGUGCAAUCUGUGUGUGUGCCAGGGUGGUCGCUGGCUGUGCUCACAGGAGAAGUGUUCAGCCCAGUGCAGUGUGAUCGGGGAUGCGCACUACAUCACCUUCGAUCGCAAGCGCUACUCCUUCCACGGCACUUGUGACUACACGCUCGUUGAGGAUUUUGUUGACAACAAACUAUUGAUAACCGUGGAAAACGCUGAGUGUGGGAGCAGAGGAGCUGGGAGCUGCUUGAAAGGCAUCUCCAUAACAGUUUAUAAGACUACAGUGAGACUGCGAACUACAGGUGACGUGACGGUGAAUGGCCAGGAGGUGGAUCUGCCGUUCGUGAGUGUGGACCUGGCAGUGAGGCGCGCCUCCUCUUCCUUCCUCCUCGUGCAGCUGUUUGGCGCGCACGUUCUCUGGGGGCUCGAGUUCCCCGCUGCCUACAUCACCCUGCAGCCAGGCUAUGCCAACAAGGUUCGAGGACUGUGCGGCACGUACAACUGGAACCAGCACGACGACUUCACCACACCAGAGGGCGACGUUGAGCCUAGCACCGCCGCGUUCGCCAACAAGUUCAGGACCUCUCUGGACUGCCCCCCCAUCAGUGGCUUGACCUUCGACCCCUGUGGGACCUACGCUCAGCGAAGGCAGUUUGCAGAGGACAUGUGUGCCGUGAUUCACAGCUCUGUGUUUGAGCCGUGCCAUGACCUGGUGGAGCGCGAGCCCUACUACCGGCUGUGUCUGUACGACGUGUGCGGCUGUGCCCCCAGUAAACAGUGUCUGUGCAGUGCCGUCGCUGCCUACGCCAGGCAGUGCGCACAGGAGGGGGCCGCGGUCAGCUGGAGGAACAGAACCUUCUGCUCGGUGCAGUGCAGUGGGGGCCAGGCGUUCAGCGAGUGCUCUCGCCCCUGUGAGAGCUCCUGCGCGGACGUGCGGCAGCUCAGCGGCUGUGAGGCGGUGGAGGGCUGUGUGUCCGGCUGUAACUGUCCCGAGGGGCUGGCACAGGACAGCAGUGGGCAGUGUGUACCGGUCAGCAUGUGUCCUUGUAUCCAGGGUGGCACCAUCUAUCAGCCAGGCAGUACCAUACAGAACAACUGCAAUACCUGUGUGUGUGUGAACGGGCUGUGGAACUGCUCAGAGGACAGCUGUCCAGAUGUCGCUCAGUGCCCCGGGAACCUGGUCUACUCAUUCCGCUCCUGCUUGCAGACUUGCGACAGCCUGGAGUCCCAGAAUAACUGCUCCGAGGCCUUUGACGGCUGUGUGUGCCCCGAGGGGACCGUGCUGCUGGGUGACAUGUGUGUCCCACCCUCAGAGUGUCCCUGUCAUCACAACGGCAAACUGUACUACGAGAAUGACACCAUCAUCAAGGACUGCAACACCUGCGUGUGUCGUGACCGACACUGGAAGUGUGGGAAGUCCCACUGCUCCGGGAGCUGCAUGGCCACGGGAGACCCCCACUACAUCACCUUCGACGGACGAGCCUUCACAUUCCUGGGGGACUGCGAGUACGUCCUGGCGCAGGAGAGCGCGGGCCUCUUCACCGUCACUGCAGAGAACGUGCCCUGCGGCACCAGCGGUGUGACCUGCACCAAGUCUGUCGUCGUGACUCUGGGGAACACCAUCAUACACAUGCUGAGGGGGAAGGCUGUGACUGUGAACGGAGUGGCUGUGAGACUUCCCAAGACCUACAGUGGGAGCGGACUGACGCUGGACAGAGCUGGGCUGUUCCUCACCCUCACUGCGAAACUGGGACUCACACUGCUGUGGGAUGGAGGUACCCGGUUGUACAUGAAGCUGGAUCCCUCCUUCCAGGGCCGUGUGGGAGGGCUGUGUGGGAAUUUCGACGGGGACACGGAGAACGACUUCACCACGCGCCAGGGGAUCGUGGAGUCCACCUCUGACCUGUUUGGAAACUCGUGGCGGGUCAGCCAGUCCUGUCCUGAGGUGCUUAACGCUGAUCUUCAGCACCCCUGCACUGAACACCCCCACCGGGCCACGUGGGCUCGGAAACGCUGCAGCAUCAUCACACAGGACCUGUUCUCGCCCUGCCACCAGGAGGUGCCCUGUCAGCAGUUCUAUGACUGGUGUGUCUUCGAUGCCUGCGGCUGUGACUCAGGAGGGGACUGUGAGUGUCUGUGCACGGCCAUCGCUGCUUACGCAGAGGAGUGCAACAAACGAGGCGUGUACACCCGCUGGAGGUCUCAGGAACUCUGCCCGAUGCAGUGUGACAAUGGCCUGGUGUAUGAAGCCUGUGGCCCUGCCUGCACCCAGACCUGUGAGAGCCUGAGAGGACAGCCUGAUCCACUCUGCAGUGCUCUGUCCUGUGUGGAGGGCUGCUUCUGUUCAGAAGGGACGGUUCUGCACGACGGCAGCUGUAUCGACCCCUCCCAGUGUCCAUGUGAGUGGGAGGAUACGAUGUUCCCUCCAGGGGCCAUGGUCACCCAGGACUGCCAGAACUGCUCGUGCUCUGCAGGUGCCUGGCUGUGCUCGGGUCAGCCCUGUGUCCCACGGUCCCCCUGCCUGCAGUCAGAGUUCCAGUGUGUCUCGGGGCGCUGUGUCCCGUCUCUCUGGGUGUGUGACAAUGAGGACGACUGCGGGGACGGCUCGGACGAGGUCUGCACAGCCAGCUGCGGCCCACAGCAGUUCAGCUGUGACAGCGGGCAGUGUGUGCCCUUAGGGUUCCGCUGCGAUGGCCAGCCGGACUGCGCUGACCACUCUGAUGAGGCUCACUGCCCACCCACCCCCCUCUGCCCGCACGGGGAGUUCCGCUGUGCCAACGGGAGGUGCGUCUCUCAGACUCGUGUGUGUGACGGAGAACUGGACUGCGGAUUUGCAGAUGACUCUGAUGAAGCAGACUGCGUCUCGCUGUGUGGCAGCGCAGAGUUCCGGUGCUCGGUGGGCAGAUGCGUCUUGUAUCUGCACCGCUGUGACGGGCACGAUGACUGUGGGGACCUCAGCGACGAGCGCGGCUGUGUGUGCGCGCCCGGAGAAUUCCAGUGCCCGGACCGCCGCUGUCUAAGCCCAGAGAGGGUCUGCGAUGGGCAGAGAGACUGCAGCUCUGGGAUUGACGAGGCUGUCUGUCAAACUGGAGUUAUUGUGACCUGUGCCCCAGGGCAACUUGUGUGUGGCGAUGGCUCCUGCCUUGGCAGAGAGAAGGUCUGUGACGGAGUGCCAGACUGCCAAGAUGGAGCGGAUGAGAGUGAGGCUCACUGCCAUGGUGUUACCACAGAGCCUGUUGCUACGACUACACCAGGGUCACCUGGGUCCACCCCACGCACUGGCCCCAGCACUGGCCCCUGCAGUGAACGUGAGUUCCAGUGCGUUAGCGGGGAGUGUAAGCCGCGGGCCUGGCUGUGUGACGGUGAGGCUGACUGCGCGGACGGCAGUGAUGAGCAGAGCUGUAACUGGACGUGCCGAGCCGAUGAGUACCUGUGCCAGGGCAGCGGGGAGUGUAUCCGUUACGAGCAGCUCUGCGACGGCACACCUCACUGCCGAGACCAUUCGGACGAGAGCUUGGACAACUGCGGUUCCACACAGAUCCCUCCGUGUCCUGGGAGUUUCACCUGCAACAACCGUGUGUGUGUGAACACCUCGCGAGUGUGCAACGGUGUGCCAGACUGUCCCCAGGGAGAGGACGAGCUAGCAUGUGAUGCGGGCACUGUCACUACUGUUCCCCCAGGAGCCAAGAACACGUCUGCCAGCCUCUGCCCGGAGUAUACCUGCGCUGAUGGCAGCUGCAUCACCUUCAAACAGGUGUGUAACGGUGUGGCUGAGUGCGCUGGUGAACCCAUGGAUGAGCAGGGCUGUGGGGUGUGGGAGCCAUGGGGCCCUUGGGGUUCCUGCAGUGAGACAUGUGGGACUGGAUCUCAGAGCCGCCAGAGACGCUGCAGUCAGGAAACACUGCUAAAACACUGCUGGGGAGAGGAGGCACAGAGACAACAGUGCUUCAGUAUGGCUUGUGCUGUGGACGGGGCUUGGUCGCCCUGGACUACAUGGUCUAACUGCACACGGGACUGUAGCGGGGUGGUGAUUCGACGUCGAGAGUGCAUCCCUCCACAGAACGGGGGCCGCCCGUGCAGCGCCCUGCCAGGAUCCUCUCCCUCAACCAUGGAAAUCAAGCCGUGUCACCUCGAAGGCUGUCCCAACGUCACUUCCUGUCCCGGAGACCUGGAGGUGAGGUCAUGUGCUCCCUGCCCUUUGACCUGCGCAGACCUGGCCAUGGCUGUGUCCUGUGAGAAGGAGAGGAGCUGUUUCUCAGGGUGCUGGUGCCCGGACGGUCUUGUGAUGGACUCUCAGCAGCGCUGUGUCCAAACCGAGGACUGUCCCUGCGAGGUGGAUGGGGUGCGCUACUGGCCUGGGCAGCUGGUCAAGGUGAACUGCCAGAUCUGCACCUGCCGCAGAGGAAGGGUGGAGCAGUGCCGACACAACCCUGAGUGCUCAGUGAACUGUGGCUGGUCGUCCUGGUCCUCGUGGGGUGAGUGUUUGGGUCCCUGUGGGGUUCAGAGUGUCCAGUGGUCCUUCCGCAGCCCCAACAACCCCAGCAAGCAUGGCAGCGGCAAGCAGUGCCGGGGCAUCUACCGCAAAGCAAGGAGGUGUCAGACGGAACCGUGUGAUGAGUGCGAGUUCCACGGAGAGGCCCACACUAUCGGGGACCGCUGGAAGCUUGGGCAGUGCCAGGUGUGCCAGUGUCUCCCCAACCUGACAGUGCACUGCUCCCACUACUGUCCCUACACUGCGCUGGGCUGCCCUGAGGGUCGGAUCCUGGUUCCGGGAAAUGGAGAUUCUUGCUGUUACUGUGCAGAGAAAGGUGGGAAUGUCACUGGAUCCCCGACUGCGACUCCGGGAGCCUUACCCAUCGGCUCCAUCACCACACGGCCCCCAGACUCUACAGGACCCCCAGGUUCCACUGGGCCUCCAGUAACCACAUAUCCCAUCAAUCCUGGAGAUGAGUGCUACAGGCCGCUGGGGUUGCAGCAGACUCUCCCGGACAGCAGCUUCACAGCCUCCUCUCAGCAGCCGGACAACCCAGCGAGUGCGGGGCGGCUCAAUCACGUCAACCCACACGGGGACCUGCAGGGCUGGGGUCCCGACCCCGAGGAGUACCGCGAGCUGCUGAGUGAACCUCCCUUCCUGCAGAUCGACCUCCUGUAUCCGCGCAACAUCACCGGUGUGGUGGUGCAGGGCGGUGGUGCCUUCGAUACUUUUGUAUCCAGCUUCUAUCUGCAGCUCAGUGCCGACGGGAGGAGGUGGUACACUUACCAGGAGCUGCCUACUGACGCUCGUCCCCGGGCAAAGAUGUUCCAGGGAAACUCUGACGACUCCACGGCCGUUGAGAACAGACUCCAGAGGAUGGUGAGCGCUCACUACGUCCGGAUCCUUCCACACGACUUCCAAAACGGGAUCUACCUGAGGGCUGAGCUUCUUGGCUGUGGAGAGGGUACAGACGCGUGGUUCUCGACUCCAUCUCCCUCGACGGCAGGAGCAGUGUGGCCCCCGCUGACCCCAAGAACUUCAGGGGGUCCCUGUCAGAGCGGAGAGUUCCACUGUCACAACGACCACUGUGUGAGCGCGGGGCCUGGCGGUGUGGUGUGUAACGGGGUGAAUGACUGCGGGGACAGCUCUGACGAACUUUACUGCGGUACCUCUCCGUCCCCUGUAUCCCGGGACCGAUGGGGCUGCCUCAGCUCUCAGUUCCACUGCUCAAACCCAGGGCUCUGCAUCGACUCGAUGAGGCGCUGUGAUGGCAGGGAGGACUGUGCCGAUGGGGCGGAUGAGCUGAGCUGCGUCUCCUCUCAUCUGAGCACCCCCUCAACCAAAAGCACUGACAGUCCUGGUGCUGGAGGGAGGACCCCCCAGACCCUUGGCGUUCCCAGCGUGGCCCCCGUCACCCUCAGCGCCCAGCCUGGGGGAGCCCCAAAAACCUCCACAGUGACCGCGAGCUCUGGGACUGGAGUGAUACCUGAACCUAAAGGCCCCUGCAACUUUCCUCUUGGACUGGAGGACGGGAGAAUCCGCUACCAGCAGCUGAGCUCCUCGACACAUACGCACAACAACUCCCCCGACGCGGGCCGUCUCAACAUCGUACCCAACAUCCUGAACAUGGAGCCUGGGUGGAGCCCCCUGCCAGACGACCCUCGCCCCUACUUCCAGGUGGAUUUCCUGCAGCCCACCUUUGUCUCAGGGAUCAUCUCACAGGGGACUGUGCGCGCCAGUGGCUACAUCACCAAAUACAGACUGGAGUACAGCCUGGAGGGAAGGGUCUUCCACAACUACACCGAGAGCAGAGAGAGGCCAGAGGAAGCCAAGGUGUUUGUGGUGAAUGUGGACAGCAACAUUCCUGUGAAGAGGACUUUGAAGUGGAUCAUCUUAGCUCGUUUCCUGCGUAUCUUCCCUGUGGAAUACCGGAACAACUUCUUCCUCCGAGUCGAGAUCCUGGGCUGCCCCUGGGAUGUGUCCACAUCGGCCAGUGGUACUGCGACGACCCCAGUUGGCGGUCAUGUGACUCCCGGAGGAGGCAGCGGCUCGCAGUCGGAGGUGACAUCACAGCGAGUGAUUGUGACAGGAAGCGGCACGACCAGGCCGACACGGUGCAUGCUGGGAGAGUUUGAGUGCGGGAGCGGGGAGUGUGUGAACGCCUCGACCGCACUGUGUGAUGGGCAGACUGACUGCAGAGACCACUCCGAUGAGAUGAGAUGUGGUACUGUUGCGCCACUGACCCCUGCUGGACGGAGAGAGCACUACAGCGGAGCGACAAGAGCCCGACAGCACAUCCAGUCCACCACCGCCAUUGAAAGCAACGAAGCUAAAUCUGUCGAUGGGACAGUGACCCUGAUGCAACCCCCAGUGACACCAGCAAGCAGGGGAGAAUCAGGACGCACCUCCCCUGGAGCAGUGUCAGUGUCAGGGCAGACCCCGGCGGAGGGAGGCAAUGAAGGCACGUCCCUGGGUACCGGGAUGCCAGGGGGCAGCCUGGUCACUGCUGGCCUGCCCUGGGUACCAGGGGGGGAGGGAAUCACAGGUCAACCUGGAGUCCGGCAGAACACUGGACCAACAAGCAGCCCGGGGCCGGUUUCUGCUGGUGUGGGGGUGAACACUCCCACAGGGAACCCAGGGCUAAUAACUGGCAGCCCCGGGAUUCACACUACAGACCCCCAAUAUGGCCGGCCAGGACUGGCCACCACGGCCUCUGGAGUGGGACCGGGAGGGGCUGUGGUCACUGGAGAACCUGGGGUCCACAGGUUGACCACCUCUACUAGAUCCCCGCAUGAGAGAGUGACUGGAGACACAGGGCUCAUCAAGGGGAGGACAACCACGCUGGGCCUGCUGUCUGCCUUCCCUCCCCCAGCCUCCGGCGUGACUGUCACCCAGGAAAUGUACAACGAGCUGGGGACCCGAGUGACUGGAAAUCCUGGAGUCAGACCCCUGACCCCCGACGCCAACAAGCCAGGCCUCAGAACCGUCUCCCCCCUGCCUACCUCAGGGGCCACGAGGGGUCACGUGGAUGUGUGGAAAGAGCAGAGUGCAGCAACAGCAGGAUCCACUCUGAGCAUGCCCACCACCUGGCAGAGUGUGCCGUUGCUUCCCAGGAGACUGUGUAUGCAGGGCCAGUUCACCUGCAGGCUGUUCGGCUGUGUGGAGGCCAUGUUCGUGUGCGACGGGCAGAGAGACUGUCUGGAUGGGUCCGAUGAGGAGCACUGUGGUGGUCUGUCCUCGUCUCCUGUCCCCACUGCUACAAUUCCCCCUGGGAUAGUGCCCACCCGUGAGUCUAGCCUCUGCUCCGCUAAGCAGUUCCGGUGCUUGAGUGGGGAGUGCAUUCACCUAGACAGGAAGUGUGACCUGCAGAGUGACUGCCAGGACGGCUCAGACGAACAGGGCUGUGUGGACUGCAUCGUGUCACCCUGGGGCCAGUGGAGCGAGUGCAGUCAGAGCUGUGGUCUGGGCUCUUUGUUCCGGCAGCGUGAGGUGCUGAGGGAGGCACAGCCAGGGGGAGUCUGUAACACAGUUCUGUUUGACAUUAGAGCCUGCUUCUCACAGGCCUGUCCAGCGAGUGGUCAGUGGACAGAGUGGAGUGAGUGGUCAGCCUGCGAUGCAGAGUGCAGCGGGGGGGUGAGGUUGCGGGACAGGAGCUGCUCGAACCCACCCCCGAAGAACAGAGGCCUGGCGUGCGAGGGAGAGGCUGUCCAGACAGAGUUCUGUAACCUGCAGCCCUGCAACCACACCACUGCAACUGUACAAGGCUGUGCUCCAGAUAUGGUGUAUAUGACAGAGGAAGACUGUGAAGCAGGCUCUUUGGAUCCCUGUCCCCUCUCCUGCAGGGACCUCAGUGCUGAAGCUAACUGCUCCAUGCAGUGUGUGGAAGGGUGUCGUUGCCCUCCUGGCCUGUAUCUCCAGUGGGGGCGAUGUGUCAAUGCCAGUCAAUGCCUCUGCCAUUGGAACAAUGAGAUUCGGCAGCCAGGAGAGACUUUCAACAGGAGCAACUGCAGCCAAUGCAUGUGUCUUGAGGGGCGAGUCUCCUGCGAUGACUCGCAGUGCCCUGUGAACUGUGAUUGGUCAGCCUGGUCGCCAUGGACACCCUGUGACAGUAGGUGCGGUGUGGGAAUUCAGGAGCGCUACAGGUCUCCCUCAAACCCGCCAGCUCUGAAUGGAGGCUCUCCCUGCCCUGGGGACUCAGUGGAGGCACGCAAGUGUCACAGCGACUGUCCGACAGGCUUGGAGUUGCAGGGGCAGCAGUGGAGUGAGUGGACACCCUGGUCUCAAUGCAGUAAAAGCUGCUUCCUUCAUGUUGAUAAUGUGGGCGUGAGGAGGAGGUUCAGAUCCUGUAACGACACCGCCGGCGAUGCCUGCUCCGGAGCGGCUGAGGAACAGGAGCUGUGUGCUACCCUGCCCUGCCCAGUGCCAGGGGGGUGGAGCAGCUGGUCUCCCUGGUCCAGCUGUACCUCAGAUUGCGACUCUGGGGUCCAGACCAGAAACAGGAGAUGCACUGCCCCCCUCCCUAAACACGGAGGGGAGGAUUGUCCCGGGCCACACAUCCAGACCAGAGACUGCAACACGCAGCCCUGCCAAGAUGCCUGUCCGGACAACAUGGUUUAUCAGAGUGCGGAGGAGUGCCAGCGCUCAGGCGGGGGCUGUCCGAGGAUGUGUCUGGACCUCACUGCCAGCGUGGAGUGUGCCACGGCCUGCUAUGAAGGCUGCUACUGCACAGAGGGGCUGUACCUGCAGAACGACUCCUGUGUGCCCCCCAACCAGUGCUGGUGUUACCACCUGGGGCAGCUCCACCCUCCAGGCACUACUCUGCUAUGGGACUCCUGUAACAACUGCACAUGUUCUCAAGGCGAGAUGGUCUGUGGAACAACACCCUGUCCAAUGGACUGUGGCUGGAGUGCGUGGACUCAGUGGAGCUCCUGCAGUAAGACCUGUGACGUGGGCACCAGGAGGCGCUACCGCUCAGGAACCAAUCCGCCGGCAGCGUUCGGGGGGCGGGAAUGCCCAGGCUCCAGCGUUGACAUGGACUUCUGCAGCCUGCAGUCCUGCAAGGGUGUGUGGAGUGAGUGGGCCUCCUGGUCCGAAUGCACAGUUCCCUGUGGAGGCGGCUACAGGAAUCGAACCCGCAUCGGCACAGGCUCACGCAGCAGCGAAUAUGCAAGCUGCAACGUGUUGCCCUGCGGUAAUGUGUCCAGUUGCCCCAGUGACCGGCAGUGGAAGGCAUGUGCGGAUGAUCAUGUGACCUGCGCUGACCUCUCCCUGGACUCUGUGAACAAGACCUGUGAACCGGGCUGCUACUGCCCUGAGGGGACUCUGCUGCAGAACUUGGAGUGUGUCCCCGUGUCCAAGUGCCAGUGUGUUGAGAAUGGGGAACAGUUUUCUCCAGGGGAUAUUGUGAGGAGGGACUGCAACAACUGUUCCUGUGUGGAUGGGAGAAUCACAAACUGCACUCAACUCAGCUGUGACGUAAAUGGCCAGUGGUCUGAAUGGACUCCGUGGAGCGAGUGUUCUGUCACCUGUGGGACUGGACUGCAGAAUCACUACCGGUUCUGUGCCAGCCCGGCUCGGUCGGGGAGUGGACUGCCCUGCAUCGGACCUGACAGGCAGGACCAGAUCUGCAACACUGCUCCCUGCGCACUGAGCGGAGGCUGGAGUGGGUGGAGUAACUGGACGGAGUGUACCAAGUCAUGUGGCGGAGGGGUUUGGAGCCGCAGUCGGGAGUGUGACAGCCCGACCCCUGGCGGAGAUGGGGAUUACUGUGAGGGUCCUAGCUCUGAGGUCAGCUCCUGCCACUCACACGACUGCCCAGCGGUGGACUGUUCCUCCAUCGAGGGUUCUGUGUUCAGCAGCUGUGGCCCGUCCUGCCCUCGGUCCUGUGAUGAUAUCUCGCAUUGUGUGUGGAGCUGUGAGCCGGGCUGUUACUGCAGUAGUGGGAAGGUGCUGAAUAAGAACGGGACGGCCUGUGUGGAGCGGCAGGACUGCACCUGUCUGGACCUGCGCACAGGGGAGCGCUUCCUGCCAGGAGAGACCGUCCUGCGAGCCGACAGCUGCAACAACUGUACUUGUGUGAAGGGGAAGCUGAUCUGCACUAAUGUUCCCUGUGCUGUGUCCGGUGGCUGGUGCGAGUGGUCAGGAUGGACUCCAUGUUCCAGGACCUGUGGGAUGGAGAUGGUGACUCGCUAUCGGAGCUGCUCCUGCCCUGCACCCCAGAACAGAGGAGCGGAGUGUGAGGGGGUACAUGAACACCACGCGGACCUCGGGGUGCAGAUCGAGAGGAAACAAUGCCCCUCUGUCUCCUUCUGUCCAGUUCACGGGUCCUGGAGUUUAUGGGGUCCCUGGUCCCCCUGUGAUGGCUGUGAGGGGGUGUCUGUCCGGACGAGGGAGUGCAACAGCCCCCCCGCAAGGUUUGGAGGACUGCCCUGCCAUGGAGAGGUGCGACAGAGUCGAGGCUGCCAUGACAACGAAACUGUCUGCUCAGAGUGUGGCGGGGGAUUGGAGGAGUUCCCUUGUGGGAAGCCUUGUCCUCGCUCGUGUAGUGAUUUCCAUAGCGACACGGUGUGUGAGGACAGCGGUGAGUGCCAGCCCUCCUGCGGCUGCCCCGGACAGCAGGUCCUCCAGGAUGGGGAGUGUGUGUCUCCGUCUCAGUGCCGCUGCAAAUACCAGAACAACACCACCGGCAUGCCUGAGACAGGGAAUGGUACCUGGGUGUGGCCGGGCUCCACGCUCUGGGAGUACAGCGAGCCAGGGGAGACCAUUCAUACCGCCUGCCAGAACUGUACCUGUGACAGCGGACACCUGCACUGCAAGGCCGACCCUGCCUGUCGACUGGACGGCAGCUGGAGUCCCUGGGGGGCAUGGUCUCCCUGCUCUGAGAGCUGUGGGGAUGGGACUCAGUACCGGUUCCGGGAGUGCAGUAACCCUGCCCCUCAGAAUGGGGGGAGGGGCUGUCCAGGAGAGGCGGAGCAACAGAGGGACUGUAACUCCCUGCCCUGUGGAGAUGCCAGUCCUUGGUGGGAGUGGUCUCCGUGGAUGGAGUGCACUGUCACCUGUGGGGGAGGGGAGCAGAUUCGAACCCGCUCCUGCCGUUUCCCAGACUGCCCUGGGCUCUCCCAACAGAGCAAGACGUGCAACACUCAAGUGUGCCUUGAGGUGGGCUGCCCUCCAGAUCGUCUGUACCGCGAGUGUCUUCUGGGUGAAGGGUGUCCCUACAGCUGUGCCCACGUGAGCGGGCUGAUGGAGUGCUUCAGCGAGAGCUGUGAGGAGGGCUGCCACUGUCCUGUCAACACCUUCUUUCACAACGGCUCCUGCAUCACGGAGUGUCCCUGCGUGCUGGACCAAGAGACCCUGCAGCAGAUGCAGAAUCACUCUGUGAAUGGCUCGACCACCCCGACUCUGACCGCUCAGGGGGCCACAUUGACCCUCGGAGACGAGCUUCCUCCAGGAGAGGCCCUCCAUCACGGGUGCAGCUCCUGUGUGUGUCAGCACAGCCGAUGGAACUGUUCCUUGUCCUCCUGUCCCCUGGAUGGGGGCCUCUCUCCCUGGGGCACUUGGGGAUCCUGCUCCUUGACCUGCGGAGGCCUGGGCCACAGGACCCGCACUCGAGACUGUACCGACCCGGCACCGGCCCACGGGGGCAAGGACUGUGCCGGAGCGAGAGAGGAGGUGAUGUACUGCCAGACGCCUGACUGCCCAGCUGUCACUCAUCCCACAGAGGAACCCACUGGCCCAGAGCCCAGCGAUGGUUUCGGCCCCUGGACCAGUUGGAGCCCCUGCUCCCAGUCCUGCUCUGACACUAGGAAUCCAGCCCUGAAGACUCGAACCCGGGUGUGCGAACGCAGAGACCCAUGCACUGGAGAGGGCUUCCAGGAGAGAGCCUGCAACCUGCCGCAGUGUGCCACCACCGGUGUUGAGGACUGUCAGGGCGAGGACUGCGCCAGUAGGAACUGCUCCUGGAACCCGUGGGCAGACUGGGGGGAGUGUUCCCGGUCGUGUGGUGUUGGGCAGCAGCAGCGCAUAAGGACCUUCCUCUCUCCUGGAGCCAAUGGGAGCUGGUGUGAUGACAUCCUGGGAGGAAACAUCGAGACAAGGUUCUGUAAUAUCCGUGCCUGCCGCGUUAAUGGCAGCUGGUCUCGUUGGAGCCCCUGGUCGUGGUGUGACAGAAAGUGUGGUGGCGGGAAGUCUAUUCGAACCCGAUCCUGUUCUAGCCCCCCACCCAAGAAUGGAGGCAACAGCUGCGAGGGGGAGAAGAACCAAGUGAAAAUCUGCAACAGCAAACCCUGUGAUGGAGAGGGCUGUCCCUCUGGUCUUGAGUUUGUGGACUGUGCCAACCGCUGCCCACGACACUGCUCGGACCUACAGCAGGGCAUCACCUGCCAGGACAGCACAGAGUGCCAGCCAGGCUGCAGGUGCCCCGCAGGUUACCUAGAGCAAGAUGGCGCCUGUGUGCAGCCCUGGCAGUGUGAGUGUGCAGACGCACUGGGGCACAGCUGGGCGCCAGGAAGCUCCCUGGGGCAAGAUUGUAAUAACUGCACCUGUGCCGAGGGGCGCAUCUCUUGCACCAACCUGACCUGCCCCGCUCCCGACUGCGGCUGGAGCUCCUGGUCCACAUGGUCAUCCUGCAGUGUGUCCUGCGGGGCCGGCAGACGAACACGAUUCCGGUCAUCCACCUCGGGAUCGAAGGACAGGGAGUGCCAGAGGGAGCAGGCCCAGACAAGACCAUGUGACCCAGGAACCUGCCCCCCCCUGUGUCUCCAUGACAACCAGGAGCUCUCUCUGGGAGCCACCUGGCUGGUGGGAGAGUGUCAGCAGUGCAUCUGCACCCCGGAAGGAGUUUACUGUCAGGACAUUGAGUGCAAAGUGGACGGCGGCUGGACCCCGUGGUCGCUCUGGUCAGACUGUCCGGUCACCUGCGGAGGAGGAACGCAGAUCCGCACCAGAGCCUGCAUCAACCCCCCGCCACGAAACCAUGGGUCUGCCUGCGAGGGGCCAGAGAGAGAGGCACAGGAGUGUGGGACCCAGCCCUGCCAAGAGGACGCUUGCCCAUGGUCACCCUGGUCUCCCUGCUCUCAGAGCUGCGGGACAGGCCUGAUCUCCAGGGAGAGGAGCUGCAGCUGUGAGGAAGGGGAGUCUGAAGAGAACACCUGCCCACCAGAGAGCCAGAGAGAGGAGACACAGCUCUGCUACAACCAGCCCUGCCCAGACUGCCCUUUGAGUGCAUGGAGUGAGUGGACUGCCUGCUCCUGCACCUCCCAGCUGCAGCACCGCUACCGGACACCUCUUCCUCCCACCUACAGGGGGCAGCAUUGUGAGGGGCUGGAGACACAAUCCAGAGCCUGUCCAUCCGGAGACUGUGGUGACUGCGUCACCCCGUUCCAAUUCAUGGAGUGUGGCUCCCCCUGUGAGAAGCUGUGCUCCACAGUGGGAGAGAGGGGUCACUGUGCCAGCCAGCAGGACUGUGUGCCUGGCUGCUACUGCCCUGAGGGUCUCCUGGCGCAGAAUGAGACGUGUGUCCCUGCAGCUCAGUGCGGGUGUCUUCACCUCCUGCACCCAGAGAACGGAGGGACGCCCAUUGCAGUCAGCGUCCAGCAGGGGGAGAUAGUGGUGUCUGGAUGCAGGAUCUGUGUGUGCCAGGAUGGAGAAAUGCAGUGUGAUUUCGACAGCUGUGAAGUGACGUUGAGCGAGUGGUCGGAGUGGACUCCCUGCUCCCCUUGCCUCUCCUCGGAUGCUCUGGGCCGCGGGAUGGUGGCCCUGCUGCUUUCCAGGACUGAGUUCACUGAUAAAGGGACAGACACCCCUCUGGUAUCAGUGCAGCGGCGGUACCGAGCCUGUCUGGACCUGGACACUGGACUCCCUGUGAGUGAAGAGUUUGCACGCUGCACUGGGGAGCUGGAGCAGGAGAGGCUGUGUCUUGACACCACGCUGUGCGAGGAUUUGUGCCAGUGGAGUCCCUGGAGCGUGUGCAGAGAGCCCUGUAGUGGGGGCUUCCAGCAGCGACAGAGACACCCCCAAAAUACAAAGGCAGGGCACACCUGCCAGGGCCCCCGAUUCCAGUCUCAGAGCUGCAACACCGCGCUCUGCCCAGGAGAGCACUGUGAGGACCGUGGGAAGGCAUUCCUGGUGUCCUGUGCCAAUCAGUGCCCCCGGACAUGUGCAGACCUGUGGGAUCAUGUGCAGUGUCUGCAUGGAGCCUGUCGCCCAGGAUGCCGGUGCCCAGAGGGAUGGCUGCUGCAGGAUGCCUCCUGUGUGUCGGUGUCAGAGUGCCGCUGUGGGCUACCCAGCAUCAACGGGACCCUGGAGUUCCAACCAGGAGAGGACGUACAGAUUGACUGCAAGAAUUGUACCUGUGUGAACGGUUCGUUCAGCUGCACUGAAGAGGAGUGUCCUUCCUACAGCCCCUGGAGCACGUGGAGCGAGUGCUCAGUGAACUGCGGAGCGGGGGAGCGGACGAGGAACAGGACCUGUGAGGAGACCCCAAGCAGCCAGCCCUGCACUGCUGAGACUGUCCAGCGAGAGGAGUGCCAGCUAGCAGCCUGCCCCGUGAGCUGUGUGGUAAGCGAAUGGUCAGCCUGGAGCGAGUGCAGUGCCACCUGUGGAGGAGGAGUGUCACUGCGCAAUAAAACUGUGGUCCAGCCAGCGGAGCACGGUGGCCAGGAUUGUCCAACGCCACUAAUAAUGCAGAGAGUGUGCAACUCGCACAAUUGCACACCAGAGUGCCCAGGCGCCCUGGUGUUCAGCAGCUGUUCCAAUGCAUGCCCUCGCUCCUGCGCUGACCUGCUUCAGGGUACAGAGUGUCUGCAGGAGGCAUGUGAGGAGGGCUGUGCCUGCCCCACUGGACAGGUGCUGCUAGAGGAGGAGUGUGUGCCCCCCGAGGAGUGUCCCUGUGCUGUGCUGGCCUUGUCACUCCCCUGGACCCUUAACAUGACUCUAGAAGAGAGGAGCAGGGUCUUCCCCCCAGGCACCACCAUUUACCACCAGUGCAACAACUGUACUUGCCAGAGUGGCUCCUUCACCUGUUCAGAAGACCUCUGUGAUGUGGACUGCCAGUGGUCGGACUGGUCUGAAUGGACACCGUGUUCUGUGAGCUGUGGGACCGGUGUCCUGCUGUCCAGCCGUAUCGAGACUCUGCAGCGCCAGUACAAUGGGAAGGACUGUGAGGGGUCCAGCCAGCGCAGACAGCUCUGUGUGCUGCCAGACUGCGAGUGCCCACUGGGACAGCGUUGGAGGAGAGCCACGGAGGGAACGCCAAUGUGUGAACGGACCUGUCAAGAGAUGUACGACGAUGCUCCCCAGAACUGCAGUGCCCCCCGUGGCAGGGAGGGCUGUGUGUGCGAGGCAGGCUGGUACAGGAACAGCAGCGGAGACUGUGUGACUGCAGCACACUGCGAGUGUGUCGACGGGGGACACAUCUACCAGGCUGGUCAGGAAUGGACAGAGGGCUGUGGUAGGUGUCGCUGCGAGAAUGGGAGGAAGGUCUGUGAGGUCGGCUGUCCUCCCCUUGUCUGUGUUGAGGGGCAGGUGAAGGUCGAGGAGCCUGGCAGCUGUUGUCCCGUGUGUAGGAAGGAGUUUCCAGGACAGCCCUCGCCGGCCUGCCAGCGCUACACUGAGACCAGGAACAUCACCAAGGGAGACUGUCGCCUUGACAACGUGGAGGUCAGCUACUGCAGUGGCCAGUGUCUGUCCAGGACCAUUGUCAUCCUUGAGGAGCCGUACCUGCAGUCCCUAUGUGACUGCUGCAGUUAUCGCCUGGACCCCGAGAGCCCUGUGCGUUUGCUGAGUCUGCAGUGUGAGAGCGGAGGGACAGAGUCCAUUGUACUGCCAGUGAUCCACAGCUGUGAGUGCAGCCGCUGCCAGGGUGGAGACUCUUCCAUGCGCUGAUGCUUUAAGGAGGGGACGACAAAGAAAGCCUGUGCUUUGUAAACUCUCUGAGCCCCUCUGCUACCCUGCUGAGAGACCUGCCUGUCUGAGAAUAAGUGUGCAGUAGUCUGUGUAGUCAUUAUAUGACUGGACCUUUUUAUAGUAUUUUUUAAGAACCCUAGGAGAUGUCUAUUCUGUACAGUUUUGCAUUUCUAAUAAAUAUUAAGCAAGCUUUAAAA